AUGAAUUCGGAAGAUGAUUAUAGUGAUAAUGAUGAUCAGGAAAUCGACGAUGAAAGCAUAACAAGCGAAGAAGAUGGUAGCCAUCAUGACGAAUCAUCUAUGCAAAUGGACGAGUCCACAAAUUCACAUGAAUCAAAGCUUGAUACAGAAAAACAAAAAGCAGAUGCUUUGAAAAAGCAAAUCGCUUUAUGGGAUUCAUUUCUUGAAUUACGGAUAAAACUUCAACGUGCUACAAUAACUUGUAAUUGUUUACCGAUAUCGACAGUGCCAGAUGACGAUGAACUACGUGAAGUCAUGGAUGAAAAUGCAAAGCUCUUCCGUAAAACACUUGCUCUACUUCUUGCAAUUGAAAAUCGGCGAUCGAAUAAACGAGCGCGUGAUCAUGAUGAUGACGACGACGACGGCGAGGAAGAAUCAAAAGAGAAAAAUAAUAGUAGUGAAACAACAGAAAUUUUUAAAACAAUAUCAAAACGUCUUAAACGUGGUGAACAUGUUGUUGAUGAAGAACUAACGAAGUCCUAUGAGCAUUUUGUACCAGAAAGAGAUGCUGUCAUACAGAAAUGGUUUGAACGUACGCGUGUUUUUACUAAACAAAACAAAAAUAAUGCUGUUGAACAAUCACCACUUGUGCAAAUUAAAGAAAUCAUGUCUUUGCCUGAUCGUCUUAUAAAGCGUACACAAACCAGUAGAAUUGAUUACGAUCUUAUUUGUCCACCUUCUUCACCUAAUCAUCAUGAAACAUCAACUGAUUUAACAACAAAAAUCAAUACUGAACUAUUUGAUGAUGGUGACUUUUAUCAUCAAUUAUUACGUGAAUUUAUUGAACGUAAAACAUCAUCGAUCACUGAUCCCGAACAGAUAAGCAAACAUUGGGCACAGUUAAGAAAACUAAGAACUAAAUUAAAGAAAAAUAUCGAUACAAAAGCAAGUAAAGAUCGAAAAAUUCGUUAUAAUAUUCAUAAAAAAUUAAUUAAUUACAUGGCACCAAUUGAUCGACGUUCAUUCACUGAUGAAGCACAAACUGAUCUUUUUUCAUCGUUAUUUGGUACAAACAAACUAACAAUAACUGAUACUCAACAAACAUCAUCAGUCAAUGAUAUUCGUAUUAUUUAA